AUGCGGCCCUAUGUGGUGUGGCAACAGCUGCCAGAACAGUCUGAACAGCUGAAGAGAGAGAAGCUUGAGCUGGGCGCGGCCUUGCUGCAGCUGCUGAAAGAGGCAGCGCAGCGAUGCCCUAGCGCCUUACUGGAGCCGAUGCUGAACAACAGCAGGCAUGGGCAAGAGAUGACGGCCUUUUUGCUGAUCGGCCUACAAGAUGCCCACGAGCUAAAGCCCUUGUUGUAUUCUUCUGCAGCCUGGGCUGCUCUACUUGGAGGUGCUGCGCAGUCUCCCGUGCGGAAUCCCCAACGGGGCCAGCUGCUGCAACGGCUCUUGUGGUCGGCGGCGCGGAUGGACUACAACGACAUUCAGUCGCAAAAGAUCCUUGGUGAGGCAGCAUCCAUCCUCCGCAGCGCUUUGAAUCGAACGCAGCCAGAGGUGCAGCUGAAGGGCAUGAUGGAUGCCUUUCAACAAGCCUUGGUGGCAGCCUUGCCCGGCUUGCGCAACGAGACGGCGCCACGGCGGCUCUGCGAGGUGCUCUCGCAGAAUGCUCCCAUCAAGGAGGUUCGAGCAGCAUUGCAGCAAUGCACGAUCGAUUGGCGGCGUGAGUGCGGGUAG